UGGCGGAGCGAAUCGGUCGCGCACUUCGAACAAGUUUUAUUCAAAAGUAUCUUAAUUUGGCAGAAGACGGAACAUAUUUGGCUUCACCACCUGAACAGGUGGACAUUUGAAGAAUCAAAACGGUGUCAAACCUCGGUCACAAAUGGACAUAACUGUGCAACAAUCUGGCUAAAGAUCCUAAAGAAAGAAGAUAUAACAUCUUGGAACUACAAUUCCCUUCAGCUGAUAUCAAUGUUUUAUGUUUCACUUUGAGGCUCUUUGGAGAUAGAGGAAUGCAAAUCUGCAACCAUGAUGGAAGGAUUGAAAAAACGUACCAGGAAGGCCUUUGGGAUACGGAAGAAAGAGAAGGACAAUGACUCCACGGGGUCCCCAGACAGAGACAGCGGUUCUCAGAAGAAGACCAACGGGGCCCCUAAUGGCUUCUACGAAGAUAUCGACUGGGACAGAUAUAACUCUCCUGAGGUUGAUGAUGAAGGCUACAGCGUCAGACCUGAUGAGGAGUCAGAAGAGGGAGCGCCAACCAUCAAAAAGCCCCACUUCUUUUCCUCUGAUGAGUCGGAAGGAGAGGAGGACCACAGGAAAAAAUUCAAAAUCAAGAUCAAGCCACUGCCGUCCGAUCGCGUAGCGUCUGUGCCCUCGGUCGACGAGCUCAAAGCCUCCAUAGGCAACAUCGCCCUGUCCCCGUCUCCUAUGAGACGUAGCCCGGGUUUGAAAAGGAACACAUCCAGUGAGGAGAUUGCCAGACCGAGACGCGUCGUCCCCACUUUACCCACAGUGGCCCCCACACCAGCUCCGGCGCCACAGCUCCCCAGCAGUCAACAAACACCAGUCUCAGAAGACACCACAGACUUAUUUGGGCCUCCUUUGGAAACAGGCUUUGGAGAACCAAAAACUGAAGUGGGUCUCUCUGAGUCCGAUCCUUGGGGGGCUCCUCUAUCAGAGCCUGAAUCCUCUUUGACAAGAUCCUUCCCCACAGGAACUCCACCUCCACUUCCACCGAAGAAUGUCCCGACCUCUCCCCCUUCGACUGGCACUCCCUCUGCAGACGGUGCUGAAGUGUCAACAGAAGCAGACGGUUCCACCAGGAAGCCCUCAAUAGCUGACUUGGACAACAUUUUUGGACCAGAACAGCCUCCCCCUGCUGGCGAGGAGACGAGUGACACAUGGGUCUGCUUCAGUGCAGAAUCUUCUGACCGGCCAGCUCUACCAGAGGACCCAGCACCUCCCUUACCAGGCUCUCCUCCUCCACCUGAAUCUACUGCCCCAACCUUACCUACAUUGCCACCUUCUCCAGAAGACCCUGCAGCACCUCUCCCUACAUCCCCUCCCUCAAAAGAAGAACCUGUGCCCCCUCUCCCAAUCUCCCCGUCUCCCUCAGAGGAGCCCACUAAACUUCCCGCUCCCUCAUCUCCUCCUACCCCAGAGGUCCGAAAUCUCGCCACCUCUCCCCCACCUGCACCUCCAAAGGAGCUUGAGUCUUCUCCCAUUUCUUCCUCCCCUCCUUUAGACUCCCCUUCCAGCUUCCCACCAGCCCCUGCUCCAAAAGCAAGUACCCCUCCUGCUGAUGGAUCUGCAACAUGCUCCAUCCCACCGCCUCUUGUUCUGUCUCAAGAGGAGCAGCCCAAGAACACAGACUUCAUCCAAUCCAAAGAAGAUGGAAGUGAAACUGUCACCUCGCCCAACGAUGCCAGCCAGGGGAGCCGGAGUACGCCUCCCCCACCUCCUCCCCCUACAUAUCGGACGGUGGUGUCGUCACCAGGUCCCACAUCUGGAGCGGGUGGCUCAAAUAGUGGUUCCUCCUCUCCGGUGCGACCUGCCACUCCUUCGUCAGUCAGCCCCACCCCACCACCACCUCCACCCCGGCCCCCGUCACGGCCUAAACUUCCGCCAGGGAAACCAGCUGUAGGAGAUGCAAUUCGUCCCUUCAGCCCGCCGGUCCACUCUGCCAGCCCCCCUCCCAUCGCCCCGUUGGCGCGGGCCGAGAGCACCUCCUCCAUCUCCUCCACCAACUCCAUGAGUGCCGCUACCACCCCGACCGUCAAUAAAGAGCUCUCCGUGUCCGUGUCAGAGAAUGACCAGCCAUCCCUUGUAUGGUUUGACAGAGGGAAGUUUUAUUUAACCUUUGAAGGCUGCUCCCGAGGGCCCAGCCCUCUCACCAUGGGGGCUCAGGACACUCUUCCUGUGGCAGCUGCGUUCACAGAGACGGUCAACGCCUUCUUUAAAGGAGCUGACCCCAGCAAGUGUGUUGUGAAGGUCAUAGGUGAGAUGGUUUUGUCGUUUCCGGCGGGCAUCACACGGCACUUUGCCAAUAACCUGUCCCCCGCUGUGCUAACCUUCAGCAUAACCAACUACAGCCGACUGGAGCAUGUGCUGCCUAACCCCCAGCUCCUCUGCUGCGACACCACCACACAAGCCAAGGCAGAUGCCAAGGACUUCUGGGUGAACAUGCCAAACCUGAUAUCCCAUUUAAAGAAGGUGGCAGAGCAGAAGCCUCAGGCAACAUACUACAACGUGGACAUGCUCAAGUAUCAGGUAUCAACGGAGGGGCUUCAGUCGAUUCCUUUGAAUCUGGCGGUGAGUUGGAGAUGUGAGCCCGCCAGCACUGACCUGAGGAUAGACUACAAAUACAACGGGGAGGCCAUGGCGACGCCGAUGGCCCUCAACAACGUCCAGUUCCUCGUCCCGGUCGAUGGAGGGGUUUCAAAACUACAGGCGGUCUUACCUCCUGCUGCAUGGAAUGCGGAGCAGCAACGAAUCCUUUGGAAAAUUCCUGAUAUCUCACAGAAAUCUGAAAACGGAGGUGUGGGGUCGUUGUUGGCACGCUUCCAGCUCACAGAAGGCCCCAGUAAACCAGCUGCACUGGCACUGCAGUUCACCAGCGAGGGCAGCACCCUGUCGGGCUGCGACAUUGAACUGGCCGGGCCAGGAUACCGCUUCUCUCUCAUCAAGAAGAGGUUUGCCGCAGGAAAAUACCUGGCCGACAACUAACCCGCGCUACUGAGAACAAAACAAUCGCAGUGGACUGAAUUGACCCAGAGGACGGAGGACAUGACGACACCAGAAAACCCACUUUCCAUUAACCUUUUCCGAACCCUCACGACAGGUCCGCAGCCUACCCAGCAGUAUUGUAUAACUUGCAUAUAGCAUCGUGGAAACUGUUUUAGGUCAUGUAAUUAUCGUAUUUGUAUUCAUUUCAUAACAUCUGUAUUGCUGCAGUUAGACACCUGGGUUAUUCCACCCUCUGAAGUCUGUGCCUCUGCCUCGAACCUCCUCUGGUCAAUGUGUGGUGGUGUUUUAAAGAUUCACUGCAGCUGCCUGACGUAAGUCAUGGACAGAAAGAGUUUUUUUUUUUAACUCUGGAUGACAGGCUGUUUGUUGUCGAGAGUCCAGGAAGAUUUAGCCGUAAAAUCCCCAUGAAUACAAUCUUUGCUGUCAGACGCACACCUCAGCCUCUGACACAAAGUCUAACUUCCAAAGCUAGACUCGUUCAAAUUGAAGCAGGGCCUAAGAUAAUACUUCGUAAGUCGUACACCUGCAUUAGUAAUUCUUCUGUCAGCGUUGUAGCUCAAAGCCGGAGAUGGCAGUCCCAACUCUUUCGCACUGACCGCGGCCGAUUACGUGUCUUUUACCAGAAAGUAAAUGCAUUGAUGCAUUUCGACCCAUGUUGUCACAAGCCGUAAAAAGAAAGAUGAUGUUUCUUGUUGGUGCUUGAAACAUAGACUCGCUACAACAAAGAGAACAAAACUACAUAAUCAUGCAUUACCUACUGGUACUACAGGGUCACAUGACUUUGGAUCGCAUCCUUUUUAAUGUAAAUGCACUGAUCAGUCAAUCAAACUGUUAAUUUAGUUUCUCUGUAAUACACAGACAUGGAGAGGUUUUUAGCUAGUUAGGCAGCUGCAAUGAUGAAUUGAUUUACUGGUUGCAAAAUAAGAACAUCUGUUUUCCUGUCAGAACAAAAGAAGUGUACAAAGUGUCAUUUUAAAUCAAUAAUAUAUAUCUUAAAGGGCGUUUGGUGUUUUCCUCGUAUUGUCAGAUAGCCUUUCUGUUGUUCCCGGGACAGCAGUGAUAGACUCCAGAGUACAUGACAGCAUUCUAUUUUUAUUUAUUGAUGACGAUGAUUUGUUGUGAUUCUGUAUACGAAUAGACUUUUAAUGGUAUCACACAACUCAGAAACCUGAAAGGUAUACAUAUUUGAAAUCUCUCUCUUUUUUGUUAUUUGUGUAGUUGGGUAACCUGUGUACAGUAUAAGGUAUAAUUUUUGAAUUUAUUUCAGAUAUAAUUUUUUAACUCAAGUGCAAAGGAAGAUUUGAGAUAUAUAUAUGGGUGAGGGGGGUAAUUUAAAGAAAAAGAUAAAUAUCUUCCUGGAUGCUGUGUCAUGCUUUGUGAAAGCAGUGUUAAUGUAGAGUUAGUUAUACCGUGGGCAAGGUUCACACUUUAAAGAGGCAGUUUGACAUUUUGGGAAUUAUUUGUUUUCUUUUUUCAAGAGUUAAUACCACUCAUAUAUGUGUCUGUUCGACAUGAAGCUGGAGCCAGAAGUCGGUCAUCUUGGUAUAAACACUGUAAACAGCUAGCCUGGUUUUAUUGGGGGUUAUCAAGAUAUAACAUGAUUAAUUUCUGACUUUGGCGAUUCCUGCACUUUCCUGUCGCGUCGCCAUCAGAUCAAAUGUUACCAGUAUUUUGGAUUAUGACUUACCUUUGGACAGAGCCCGGCUAACUGUUCUACUCCAGCUGAUCAUUUAACAUACUCGGCAAGAUAGCGAAUCAGCGUAUUUCCAAAAUUGUUAACGUCUCCUUUUAAUAAGGUCAAGACAAUGACCACAAAAGCAAUCAGUUUUGCUCCACAGCAGUGAUGACGUUUGUGGUACCAGUACUGGAGCUGGAUUUGUUUACUGGGACCAGCUUGUUUAUUUUGUAUUAUUCAAACUUUAUCAGAAAACACUUAACACAACAUUCUCAUUUGCCCACAUCUACCUGGCCGGUUAUUCCUCAACUUGUACCACAUGUCUGACCGGUUUAGGUUGUUUCCCCUCUGUGGUACCUGACCUCCCUGAUUAUAUCCUGAGCACACCCCUGAUCAUCCAACCAACGCUUGAAUCCAUGGCUUUAUUUUGCAUAAUUGUAAUGGUCUCUGUGAGAUGACAUGAGUGGAAUGAGGUUGUGGAGCGAGGUUAGGUUGACCAAAAUGCUUUUCUUUUUUAUGUGUGUGUACCCCGGACAGUCAGUCCUCUGUUAAGGAGAAAUAAACUGAAUAUUUUUUAAACGGAUAAAAAUGAAAAAGUAUUCUAUUGUUUAAUGUGUAAUGAACACUGUGCUGAUGAUGUUGAACUUCCUAAAUGCUCUGACACUCAACACGAAGAACAAAAAGUGUGUGUGAAGUGUAGCCGAAGAUCUCUGUACUGUACUUGUAUGUCGGCGUUCUGCUAAAUGCAGCCAAUCAUGAUCCUUUCAGAGCCGCCGAAGAAGCAUCUGAGACUGAAUUUAGGACGAGAGGACUAUUGGCAACGAUACUAUUUUAAAUGAUAGAGAGCUUUUGAUCGGGCGUAGUUUUAAACAAAUGUUGUUUGGCUUAUAAAAAGAUCAGAUUUGUCUUGUUUUUUAUCAGAUGUAUAUUCCUGUGUAGACCCGAGUCUAAAAGAGCAUUGUGGAUUUCGCUGAAGUUGCAUUUAAUGUAUCGAUGCAAGGUGAUGAUGAUUGGUGCCAUUUAGCUCCCACAUUACUUUGGUAACAGUUUCCUCUCAGUCGCUUCAGUCCUUCUCGUUGAGUGGAUGGAUGAACAUGCCUGACAGGAAGCUGUGACCAGUAAAGCUACCAGUGCAACAGUCACUACAGCAUUAUCUACAGAGGCCCACCACACCCACCCACCGUCAUGCAUCUGUUUUAAAGUACUACACCACAAGUGUGUUAGUCGAAAGAAUUAUCUGAAAGUCAUGUUGGUUGCCAGAUAAUUAUUUGCACCAUCUAGUUAAUAAAAUGGAUAAUGGACACAAAGCGUUUACAGAUCUUCAUCUCUGGUGAAUUUGUCCUGCAGUAAUUAAUUAUUGCAUGCAUAGCAUGAAGAGUAAAAGGUGGGGCAUCCAUGAUGAUAGAUAUUACUGAAUUGAGGUGUUGUGCUGAGUGUCAGUUACCUGUAUUAAUGUUGAGAAGAGAGCAGGGAGUGUGUUUAUGUGUGCUAUAAGCCAGAAUGCUUUUUGGUUCUGUCCCGUUAACCUCAAAACACAUGUGCAAGCUGUUUGUACAGUACAUAACAAUGCUAAGAGGAACUGAGAAACUUAGUUUGCUUCUUUCCAAAACCAAUAAAAGUUAUAACUGG